CACCCAUUCAAAACACAGACAAGUCUAGGCAUACACACCGACUGAGGACUGCUGGACAGGGCGAUGUAAGCCCGCUUUUACUCCCGCGACCCAGACCGCCUCUGGCUCCGGACGAGCUGACGAUCCUCGGAUGGUUGAAGACCGGAGGCAGCGCACCGUCACCCAGCCGCGACUGUUCAAACCGCGCAGUGCGGCGCGUUGUUGCUUUAUUUUAUUCUUUGUUUUUCCUUUAGUGCUGUACUUGAUCCUCAAACAGGCAUCAUCGGGCUACCUGUCAGAGCAAUCUGUCACACGGGGUUAUCGCUGCGGAUCUGCGGGCGGCUGACGAUGACUCUGGAGGAUGAUCUGACAACAGCCGCGGCGACCGGGAACACCGCAGAUGUGGAGAAUCUGCUGCGGGCCGGAGCCGAAGUUAACGGGCCGAACUGUUUUGGACGAACCGCUCUCCAGGUGAUGAUGAUGGGCAGCACGUCGGUGGCGAAGGUGUUGCUGAACCACGGAGCGGAUCCCAACGUGGCGGACAGCAGCACCGGGACCACCCCGCUGCACGACGCGGCCAGGACGGGCUACCUGGACACGGUGCGGCUGCUGGUGGAGUACCAGGCGGACCCGCAGGCCAGGGACAAUGCGAACUGUCGGCCCGUGGAUCUGGCCGGUGAACACGGCCACGCAGACGUGGUCGCUUUCCUGGAGUCCGUGUGAGAUCGUUUCCUGCUGCUGGUCUCGAACUCUGAGCUCUGAGGGGGGGGACAAAACGGGGCCUGGUGAGGCCUGCAGCCUCAUUUAUGCACAUUUGACUGUUUUUUGCUGUAAAGAAAUGUUUGUAUUUAUUUGUCUUCUAUGCUGAAUAGGCAUCAUUAUUUUUAUUUCUAACGAAAUCAGGGUUAUCUAGGAUGUGAGAGGUUCAGACAAAAACAGCCUCGAUGAUGAUCUGAAGAGAGGCUGUCGGAUCAUUUAGUCCUGCUUCGACAGCGACUUUAGUACAAUUUAUUGUUAUUACAUCUUCCGUUGUACCACUGAAAUAUUCAGAUAAGCCUGUGAGGAAUCUCACUUAUAAAGUGUAAAGUUAUACUGUCGUGUUUCUACAAUAUUGUAGGCUAUUUUUAAAAUAGGAUCAUUGCGAUCGUCAUCAUAAACCUAUGAGUUUUUUUUUUUUAAAUAUCUUUCAAUAUCAAGUAUUUCACCAAAUAACAUAAAAGCCAUUCAAAAAUAUUUUUGCACAUUUUACGCACUAUUCUUUAAGCAUUAUUCUGCGGAGUCCGAUGUCCUGUUUGUACAACGUGAGACUCGGAGCUCGGACAUGAUGCGAUUUAUUUAAGAUGUUGAGAUUUAUUUUUAAAGUGUUUUAAGGUUAGACGCAGCGAUUAUACUCCCAUGCUUCCGAUAUUAUGUGAUGGAUGAUUGCUGAUCGGUACCAGAGAAUAAAAGAAAUAAAAUGCGUCAGAAACAGGAAAACGAGCGAUGGUCGUUUGAGUUUGUUUCAGUUGAGAGUUUGAACGUCUGAACGAGAGAAAUCAGCCCCGGGCGACGAUUUAAAAAAAACUCGCCGUUUGCUGACUUCUCUUCGGGGUUUGCUUUUGUUAUUAAAUGUAUUUGUGUUAUUGACAGAGACAGAGACAAGGGUAUUUCCUCAACUCUGCACGGUAAACAGGCUGCAGGCUACUUCAGUUAAACACGCAAAUAAGAUCGAUGCAGAUGUGAGAAUUUAUUUAUUCUCUGUGAAAUGUUCGAGGCGACGUGUCAGUUCAGAUGAGAAUGAAACAUGCGUGUACAGAGUUUGAAUAUUAUAAUCUACAUGGUUUAGCUGACAGGAGCUUUUUUUUUUUUUUUUUAGUAGAAUAACAGUAUGAAACUGAAUCCUCCAGGUACAAAAGAGUUAAUACCGCACAGCUGCGAAGAGAACCAAAAAUAAUAUACAAACAUGAUUCAUAACACAGGAUGCGCAUCUAGUUGAACAUUUGCAUUCAGUUUGAACCAUGCCGUUUGUUGUUUUGUUUUGUUUUUUUCUUAUGGCUUAAUGAAACCAAAAUAAGAUUUUAAGCGAGCAGAAAAGUUCGCAAAACCACAAGCGGCGUAACUGACACUCCGGUCUCCUUUUAGAAGGAGUUUUUACAGGCCGUCUUUAUCUCAACAAUAAUGAUGUGGAGGUCAUGAUCAAUUAAAGCACUGACAAAACUUAUCUCCCUAAAGACAUUCAUGCUUCAAGACCAGAAAUUCUAAUCUUGAGCUCUCAUGUCAGAGGGACAUAAUUGCACCAUUACUGUAAACCACUUUUUUUCCCUUUUUAAUUCCUAUUAUUCAUUGCACAUUAGUUUCUGUGCUAAAAAGGUUAAUCAAAAACAAAAAACAAAAAA